CUUCACCGGAGAUCGAUUGGAUAAAGGUUCUCCGUUGCCCAUCUUCUUCCGAUGCAGGCAAUCGCAAUUUGAUUGGGGAUGAAGGGUUUGGCGAAGAUUGGGAGUGAAUAUUGUGUGUGAAGAGGAAGGCUUAAUUUUAGUUCAGAUUUGCAAGCCCUAACUCCCAAAUUGAUGGGUUUCAAACCUCCACCAAAAAGGAAGAAACUCGAUGGCGCACCUUCGCCGAGUCCUACUGCUUUUGCUUCCAUGGUUCCGACAUUGGACAAGAGAGAUGUGGUCAUGGAGCUUAUAAGUAAACCAAGAGUUCAUGACACUGAAAGCAGCACUGCGAGUCUAAGGAUUCAACAGACUCUCCAGGUUAAUGAGGGUCAAAUUUGCAAUGUGAAUUUAAGGAUUCAGCAGGCAAGGAAUCAUGCGGCAGCCCAGGUUCAACAAGACGGCUGCACGGGUAAUUUUCGAGUAUUUGAUUCUCCAUAUGGUAAUUUCCUCAUCCCCGUGAUUCCAUCUCGUGCAGAACUUGGCGAGUGAAUUGUUUGAUAGCCAUGCCUGUUUUGUUAGUCUUAACUGUUCAGCAUCAAAAGAUUACCUGUUGACUAUCUUAAACAUGAUCUGGAAUGUUGAGAACUACCAGUCUUUGUAACGGUUUAUUGUGGAAGUUAUGAGCUGCAGAUAUCUUAGUCCUAAGGUUGAUUGUGGAAGUAUGAGCUGCAAAAUAUCUUAGUCCUAAAAUUGCCUAACGUGGUGAUAGGCAGAGUGUCUAGGGAGUCGACAGUCUAGAGAUUUAUUAAGUCAUUGUUUAGAUAAGGAUUUUGGAAGUUCGAGUUUUGGAGAAUCUUAGCGCUACUAAAAAGUUGGAUAAUGUAAUGUUUUGUAGAUGAAAUAAAUAUUUGAUGUGA